AUGGACCGCAAGCGCAAGAGAGAGCUACGUGACCUAAAUCUGCGCGUCUGGGCAGGCGCAAAAGAUGUCUACAAUGUGGCACCCUCUCUCGACUCGUCUCUCAAGAAAAACACCGCCUUUAUCAAACGUCUCCGGACCGGCCUCUCUUCGACGGCACAAGAUUCCCUUCUCUCCGAAGUCCGCACCUUAUCUCUGCAGAAGUAUCUCUCCGAGAUCAUCUCUGCGACUGCCGAAGGCUUGAGCAAACUCAAGACCGCCAGCGAGAUCUCAACGGCGGCGGAGGUUGUGAGCGCGCUACACCAAAGAUUCGGACCUGCAGAAUUCACAAAGCAGCUGGCAUGGUUGCUUGGCAAGGGGUUGACACCGCCUGACAAGGCUCAGAUGAAACUUUGGAGUCCGGAAGUGCGUGAACGUGAAGAGAAGGAGCGUCUUUCGCGCCACCGGAUUCUUCUUCGUGUGGUCACGGAAUUCUGGCUGUGUGGUAUUCUUCGAAGUCUGGACGAUGUGGAUCGCCCCGACGAGGCUACAGCCCGGGGGAAGGACAACUCGUCGCAGGCAGAAUCCAAACCGAAGCUCGUCGCAAACGGUACCCGCCCUGACGCUCAUAUCGAACAUGACCCUUUCCCCCUUGAGGUUUUGAAGGAGCUGCUCGGACACGACCCUGAACACGCCAACCUAGGUCUUGCCGUGCUCUUUGUCAAGAACUUCGCUUGGGAUAUUCUAGGACGUAAGCCACCUUCCGAGGAAGCUAGAAAAACAGUCGAAGCCGAUGGUGCUGCGUCGGAAGGCGUCAAAGAGGAUACCACUCCUGGCGGCCUGGCCGACGAAGACCAACCCAUCAUUCCACAACCUAUUCGACAACGAUUCAUCAAUGUGUUCGAGCGUUAUUUGGCGAGUGUCAAGAGCCAUGUCACACGAAAUCAAAAAUCGUUAACCAAUCAAGGCCGCCGAAACGCAGAGGCAUAUGUCAAGAGUGGUGAAAUCUUCGAAGACCGACAAGCCAAUCAUGAAAAGCAGAUGAAGGCGCAAGAAAAACUGAUUGCCGGUGCACAGGUGCUCUGUGACGUCCUAGGCCAAGAGAUGCCAGAUCUUGCCGAGAAAGAAAACGCAGAGAGCUCAUUGUCAGGCAGCGUGGGAAUGAUCAAGACCGGAGAUUAUCUCAAGGUGUCCAGUGAUGGCGCCGGGAUUUGGGAAGAUGAAGAAGAGCGUCGCUUCUAUGAGAAUCUAAUGGACCUCAAGGGCCGAGUUCCUAGUAUUCUCCUUGAGGAUUCGAAGAAGAAGCCUGAAGCAGAAGAGCGGGGAGAUUCGAGUGCUGCAGGAACCGAAAGCGGCUCCAGCAAGCCGCCCGAGAACGAUGAUCAAUCUACCGCGAUUGCGAACAAAACCGUCGGUGCUCAGGUCGAUGCUCUCCUGUUGCGGUUGCCGGACCUGCAAACCAAGGACAUGGUCGACCAGAUCGCACUGGAUUUCUGUUUUGUCAACUCGAAAGCAUCGCGCAACCGCCUCAUCAAAGCCUUGCAAGAAGUUCCCAAGGGCCGGUCAGACUUACUUCCCUUGUACGGGCGCCUGGCGGCGACUCUUGGUCAGUAUAUGCCAGACAUUGCCCAGGGAUUGGUGGGACAUCUUGACGACGAGUUUCGGAGUCUCCAGAGACGCAAAAGCAAAGACUUCCUGGGACAGGUCCGAAUGGUGAACAUUCGUUAUCUGGCUGAACUCACGAAAUUUGGCAUUGUCCCCGAGCACGUUAUCUUCCACUGUCUCAAAGUCAGCUUGGACGACUUUUCCCGGAUGAACAUUGAAAUCAUUGCUCAUCUGCUGGAAAAUUGUGGACGCUAUCUCCUACGCAACCCUGAGACCGCCCCUCGGAUGGCUUCGUUUCUGGAGACCUUGAACCGCAAGAAGUCAGCGCAGCAUAUGGGAGCUCAGGAGCGUAUGCUGAUUGAAAACGCGCUCUACUAUGUUGAUCCUCCGCAGCGAGCCGCGAUCCAGCAGAAAGAACGCACGCCAAUGGAGCUUUUCGUGCGUCAAUUAAUGUACGUCGAUCUGACCAAACGCAACUACAUGAAGGUGCUCAAGACCAUCCGCAAGCUGCACUGGGAAGAGAAGGAAGUGGUUGAGAUUCUUGAAAAGAUCUUCAGCAAGCCUGGAAAGGUCAAAUUCAGCAACAUCCAUCUUUUGGCGGUCUUGCUCCAGGCGCUCUUCCGAUACCACCAAGACUUUGCAAUCAGUGUGAUAGAUAACAUUCUGGAACAAAUCACGCUUGGUCUCGAACAGAACGAUUUCAAGUUCAACCAGCGGAGAGUGGCCGAAGUCAAGUACCUCGGCGAGCUCUACAACUACAAGAUGAUCGACUCGACCGUGAUCUUUGACACAUUGUACCGGAUUUUGACGUUUGGUCACGAAGGUGGGACUCCUCAGCCCGACAACUACACGCCCUUCGAUCCUCCGGAUGACUUCUUUCGAAUCCGCUUGGUUUGCACGAUCCUCGACACCUGUGGCGUCUGCUUUGACCGAGGCAGCUCCCGAAAGAAGCUCGAUUUCUUCUUGACGUUCCUUCAGUAUUACAUGCUGACCAAGGAUCCGCUUCCCAUGGAGAUUGACUUCAUGGUACAAGACACCUUUUCGCUUGUGAGACCGAAUUGGAAACUGGUGACCGAUCUCGCGGAAGCCGCCAGGUUAUUUGCAGAAGCGGUCAAUGCAAACUACAAGCAACAAGGUAAUGACAGAGCUGUCGAGCAGGCAGAGGACAACGAGGAUUCAGCUUCCGAGGAUGGUGAAGUCGAUGCCGAACUUGAGGCGGACAUUGCGCAGUCCUCGGAUGACGAAGGCGAGCCCGCAGCCGCAGCCGCAGAGGACAGCGCCGACGAGAGACAAGAUGUCGACUCGGACGAAGAAGAACAGAUUGUUGUUUUGCGUCAAGAAGAACAGGUUGACCCGGAAGUUGAAGCAGAGUUUGACCGAGCCUUCGAGAAAAUGAUGGCCGAAAGCCUAGAUUCUCGCAAGUUCGAGCGCAAGGCCCAGUUCGAUGUGCCGCUCCCGAUUCGCAAAAUCCAACGAGCACCGACCGAAACCGUCGAUGAGGAGGCGCCGGCCGAGGUUCGACCCGAACCCAACACCAUGGCAUUCUCCUUGAUGACCAAGCGAGGAAAUCGGCAACAAGCAAGUUCUCCCUUCCAUCUGAUUACCAAGACGAUUGAGCUGCCGUCCGACUCGAGUUUCGCUAUUUCGAUGAAAUCCCAGCAGGCGGCGGAGAGAGAGGAGCAGCAGCGCAUCAAAAACCUGGUUCUGAACUAUGAUCUGCGCGAUGAUCAACAUGAUGGUACUCCCAAUGGAUUUCCCUCUGGCCCUAUUAUGCAACCCCCGUUAAAGAGGAACCCCAAUACUAAAGGACUCAUUGUGAAACCAGGCCCGGAUCCCUUCAAUUCCUCUCUCAGCCGAGCAGAGAGAGCCGGACGGAACAAUCCGCGAGCAAGGAGACUGAAUCUCAAAGAUGUGGACUGGUAUGACACCAAGAAUGCAACUCCGACCGGUGCAAAUGGCGGAAACGAGAACAAGAACGGUUUUCGCUCGUCAACCGACAAGAGUCCCCGGUUAUUCAAGAAGCCAGGCUGA